AAAAUGAUAUAAAAAGAAUUUUACGAUUAAAUUAUAAUGUAAAAUUACUGUUCACCUCAUUAAAAAAACAUAAUACGUGCAUUAUGCAAUAUAUUGUGCAGAAUUUUUACAUUAAAUAAUUUAUUCAAUAAGUUCAGUAAAAACUAUAUAUAUAUAAAAUUAUAAAAUUAUACAACGCAACUCUUUCUGAGUAUACAUAUUUAUAGUACUUAUUAGCAAUAUAGAGAUUUAGAAGUUCGUGAGUUAUAGGUUUUAUGUGACAACGCUCAGUAAUUACUGGCGCGGCUCAGAGAAGAUCGUGGCGCGUGUAAUUUGCUGAAGUUUUACUUGAUUUAUGUAGCGUCGUAUCGUUAGGUAUGGGGUGCGGAGGUCGCACAAACCCCUCCAGUCGGCCAUCCCUUCCGGAGCCGGUUUCCUUCCUAUAUAAACUGUUCGUAGCUGCGCUAUGGUCACAGUCAUCGUAGUUUAGAUCGCGUGUCGCGAGAACAGUGGAACCUUGUUUGUCCUCCUGUUUAACCGGGAGUCAAUACGUCGGAAUUCGGUCGAAUCACAAGUUCAACACGCGUUGUUACUGAAUAUAAGGAGAAUUAUCAAUAAUCAAGAUAUAUGCUUGAGAAACAAGAUAAUACAAUACGUCUUUUUGUAUCUAAAAAUUUUAAGAAUAAGAAAUUUGGCAAACUAGAAAAUAUUUAUAAAAGAGAAACGUUACAUCGUUAAUACUAUAUAUAUUAAUUACAUUUUAAAAAAUAAUUUGAAAUUUCUGAUGUAUUUCUUUCUUGUAUAUUAUUGUUAAAUUAAUAAGUUAAUAAGUAAAUUAUAAUUGAACAAUGCCAGCAAUAUGGUCGUCAUCAGAAAGACCAAUAUCCGUUCGUACUAUCUGGGUGGACGGUAUUCGACACGCGAUUUUAUCACCCGAUGAUCCAUUGAUCCAUUCCAAAUCACGUCGACGUUCACGUGUAUCGAGGAAUAAAAGUUACUCAACGGAGUAUCAACAGUUGGAAUCGAGGCUGGAUCGACUGAACAAUUGUUUCACAAACUUGCAGAUGGUAGUUAGCAACGGUCUUUCAGGAGCCAAAGAAACUUCUCAGAUAUAUCGCAAACUAUCCGCACCUCCUUGUUCCAGAAUUUCGACUAGUGCAUCCGAUACUAGUAUCUUAGAAUCUAUCCUAAAUAAUAAUAGAAAAUUUAAAAAGAAGUAUCGCUGUCAUAAAGCAAUGAAAGAAGACCCAGUAUUUUUCAUCGAUAAAGAAAUUCUUAAAAGUGACAUUUGUGAAAGAAGAACAUCAGAGUCAGAGCCAGAUUUUAAACUGAAUAUAACAGAAUGUAGACAAACGGAGGGAACAUCUGAUACUUUUUGGAAUCCAUUAUUCGAAAGGGUCCUCCAGUGGUUGGAUUUGUCUGGGAAAACGCAAAAUUUCAAGAACGAUUUCGAAGACCACUUUGCGGAAAGGCCAUCUGACGAGGAGGAACAAAAAUGGAGUGCUACCAAGAGGAGACUUCCUCGUUUGAAACGUGAUCCUUUCGAAGAUAGAGAACGAAUAACGAUGAGAAACAACAAAUUACCUAGAGAGCGUAAUUCAGAACGCCUUAAAAAGGAAGAAAAUAAAAUGACGCAAAGUCGGUUGCCCAAGAUAAAGAAUACGAGGGAACAGUUUCAAGAAUUGAACGAAAAAUUAAAUAGCGCAAAAACGUUUCCAAAGUCUGACGGAGAUGAAUCGAAAAAUGAAAUGAAAGAAAAAUCGACGAUAUGGUGUCCUCCUAGCCGAUUAAAGUUGCACGUAGUGAUACCGAGUCUCGCUUGUAAAGAGUUUCACACGUCCUCGCAAGAAUCAUUGGUAGAUGACUAAAAACAGUAUUUAAUCAGUCAUAUCAUUACAUGCAUAUUAGCAGCUGUCUAAUUUACAUCAGAUCUCCAUAACAUAAUGUUUUCUAAAACUAAUAUUAUCUUUUGCUGCAAGACUAUCUCUAACAGGAAUCUUAUAAAUCUAUAUAGAUUAAUCAACUAUUAGAACAUUUAUCAUAAGUGAUAUAAUAUACUGUUUCUAGUGAUAGAAUUUUAUGAAAAAUCCCAACAUGUUUAAUACAAGUACUUACAUCAUCUAAAGGUAAUUAUCCAUUAUUCAUACUUACUAACAGCGUGUAACUGAAUUAUUUUUAAUUCUUUACUUUUAUUUAUUCGAUUAUAAUGCAUUAUUUCGUUACAUCAAUUGCAUGCGAUACGUACAACGAUAAUUAAUUUCUACGCGUUAGCUCGAUUAUUCGCGGAAAUGUGUUUCCCCAUUUGUAUAGCGAACCUUUAUUCGUUAAUACUUGUGCAUCCAUCAUGUAUCAUCCCUGUUUCAUCCUUGUUUGCGACUUCCUACUGAAAUUCAAUACGUCGCGGCAUCGGAAUAAAUCCGGUUUUAUCGAGAGUCAAUUCGACACCCAUUAUCCUGCGCGUGAAGGAGCAGUUGGAAAUGGUGCCGGCACGAGACGUCGCGACCGAAGAACCUUACACGCUUUAGCGUCGUUUAGUAUUGUUUGCAAAUUGGACAAAGUAAAUAAUAUUCGUGGCAAGGGUCACAUAAAAAGUCAAAUAUAAUUAAGGUGUAUUUAACUACCUUAGGGCGUUUCUUCGUGACGAGACGACAGAGCUUCCAAUAGUACCUUCUAAAAUUUCGCAUCAUGCAGUGCUAUUUACGAAGCAAUAAGUUUACACGUAAAAGAUCUGUUUUGCUUUAAAACAUAUCCGUAUAACAUAGGUCGAAAGUAGUUUUGGUACCUGGUACCUAGUUGAAAGUUGGUAUUGUUAUUUCAAAAAUUGAAAGCAAAAUACUUCUUUUAAAUGUGACUUUAUAGUAUUAAUUUCUUCCAAGAAACUGUAUUAAUCAUAUAGAAGUGGAGAAAUUUAUUUUUUCCAAAUCAGACUCAGGUAACAUAAUGAAAUUAGUUGUGUACUGAAUAUUCUGUGCUCACGUCUCUUUUUAAUAGCGAAUUACUUUGCCGCAAUUACAUAUAUACUUAGCUUUAACGAGUUACAUAUGUAUUUAAUUUUAUUCUCAAUGCUCCAUUUAUGAAUUUACAUAAACGAAUUUAUAGGAUUCUUUCUUAAACCUCUUACACUUGCGAUGUAGUCUUAAAGACUUAGUUUAAGAAGAACGAUGAAAAUCAUUGGGAACAAUUGAAUAAUAAAUCAUGGUAUGGUUUAUGUUGCAUAAUUGUGACAUUUUUGUAAGGGUUGAAUAUUUUACAUAGUUAAGGUAGAGAACUGCCGAUUAUUGUGUAAUAGUACAUGAUUUAUGAACUCUGCAUUGAACCUCGAUGAUUUAUUGGAGGCUAUAAAUCGCGUGAUUGCAGUUUCGAACAAGACAUUGAUGUCAUAAUCGGUCAGAGUAUUUUAAGAAGUUUCCGAAAGUUUGUCACUUACAUCAGAGACAUGUAUCGUUAUUUACAAAGGAAUGAACAGUGUCGAUCUUAUCUCAGAAUAUAACUUUUGCAAAAAAAGUUUGCAGUUAUUCAACACUGCAGCAGUUCCUUCAAAUUGCAUUCGUUUCAUGAGUUAUUGGAAGUGACAUCAAACGCCAAGUAAUAAUGCAACUUAACAUGCAAUCGUGAUCUAUGUUCAUUAAUAGAAACUUUAAGUUCUAUUGAAAGAGACAAAAAGAACCUUGUAAUGAACGCAUACUCGGUAAUGAUUCGUUCGAAACAUAUCCAACUUUUCAUUUUGUAAGAAAGUAAUUGCUUUUUCUAUGUACGUUUACAAGUACCAUAGAAAUGAUUCCUUAUACCUAUAGAAUGACAGCUUAACGUAGAUUAUUUCUAUUUGCUCUCCACUAAAGGAACAUUUUCGUGAUAUUAUUUAUUACAAUUUUACGAAAAUUAAUAUAAUAAUCGCUAAUUAAUACAACGUAAUAUCACGAGAAUUUGCUUUUAAUGUCGUUACGAACAAGUAGAAACGAUCUAUGAUAAGGCAGUCAUUCUACGAUCAUAACGGGCCGUUUCUAUGGUACUUGUAAAUGUUCUUAAUAACAAUACAAAAAUAUACGAUAUACGGAAGUUUAUAUGAUUGUUUCUGACAAAUCAAAAUCUUAAGGUGUUGAUAAUUAAUACAAAAUAUUUAAGAAAAACAAUCGUGUAAUCUAUCAUGUAUGUACUUCUUAAAUUUUUGAAAAUUAAAAUCCUCUAAAAUUUUUAAGUAUUAAUGCAGUAGCAACAAUGAAAUCUUUCAAGAGCUGUUUCUUUGUUCUUAACGAAAAUAGGGAUAUAAGAAAGGUUUGAUGGAAGUUAAAUUGAUAUCGAGGUAGUUUCAGCUUUUUUCGCUAGAUCUAUUCCGGGGAUUGUUAAAGCAAUCGUAUUUUCCCGGAAACCGCGAUAAUCGCGCCGAUAGGUCUGAGAAUGUAGUCCAAUUGAAACUUUCCGAUAGAAAUCUAUAAGCUAUCUAGAGAGUUUCGUGCCGAGUGGUAGUUAUUAUCGUACUUGGCGCGCACUGGAAAGCUCUCUUGGUGCUAAUCACUCGCGUGGACUGUUUCAAACAAAUUAUGGUGUAACAUUCCGUACGCGCACUUGUUCACAAUUAUGCAGGAUAUGCGGUUCUCCGGCAAAUGGAAAUAAUGCGAAUACCUCGCGGAAGUAGUGUAACCAUAACUUUGCUCACUAUGAGGUAUUCGAAGCAGCGUGAAUUAUUAACUUCUGUUUGAGAGUUAAAGUCAUGGUAAACAGUAUGCUUCGUACACUCAUUGUCAGCAUCGGCAUGCAAGAAAAAGUCUAAACAAAUUUUCUUAUCUUCAUCAUGUAAAAGAAAAAAUUGAUUAAAAUAUCAAGCUAAAAUAGUAUUUCGAGAAAUUUAUUUGAACAUUUUUACAA